UGCUCGUGGCUCGUACGCGAGCGUGCCGAGAGUCGCGUGCGGACCACGCGGCCGCUCGGAGUUCCUGCCCUCUCGUUCCCGCUCUUUGCUUACUCCGUAACUCCGCUAACUUAGUACUCCCACGGCCGCCGCGAGUGAGUGACGUGUCGAACCGCACGACAACACUAUGAAGUGAACGCGUGUUUACGAUGCACAUCAGUGAUACUAACCUAAGUUAAAAACACUGUGAACGGAGGUGAUUGGUUCAAAUCUCACAAGAAUAUAAACUAGUAGACUAAAAAUGUAGUCAACAACACAUAUGUAUGUGGACUAUUUAUUUAUUAUGAAGACUGACUGCACCCUGUAAGGUCAAAAUGCACGGUCUAUCACAUUUCCUGCACAAGCACCAUUCGCGUGAAUCUACCCCGCCGCUAGAGAAAGAUGAUAGCACAGAGAGCUGGCACUCUACAAACAGUUCGAUUGAUUCCCGUCAUGGUACCUCUCACGAUGCGCAAUCUAGAUCUAUUCCGAUCAACCAACGCGGCUCUUACGCCCAAAGAAGUUUGCGAGGAACUUCGGGAAGUCCUUACGAAUUUGCAUCUAGUCCCCGUGACCGCUACCCAAAUUUUGCGAGCUACUUUCGUGACGUCAUGGACAGGGGCUCAACGUCAUCGCACCAACCAUACCACACACACUACCACGACAGCAGGCGGCGAAGCGAGGGUGAGCGAUACCAGAUCGGCGUCAAUACAUAUCAGGCCCCACGCCAUGACCACAAACAUUUCGUAUCUCCACUAUACAAUGAUGCCAUGGAUGACAUUCAAGAGAAUGAGUAUAGUAAAUGCGAGCGAUACGGAGAGAUAAGUAACACAAAACUGAGUCACAAGAGUAAAUUUGAUAACAAAAGUUUUGCACAAAAACUAACUGAGAGUGUUAGCGGUACCAAAGAUUCCCACUACCAUUCCCAUGAGAGACGAGGUUCGGGGUCAAGUAGUAGUGGCCAUAAACAUAAGCACCACUCAAUUCAAGAACUGAUCCGUACUUUUAGUAAAAAAGUUAAUCAUUGGCGACAUGAUUCUGGUGGUGAAAGCCGACGCGGAUCCUGUGCUGUUCCGUCUACCAGCAGUGAAGAUUCUCACAAAACUGACUCGGAUGAAUUUCGUUCUAGAUCCAAGUCUUUGGAUGCAGAGCAUCUCCAUAGAAUCUACAAAAGACCGAUACUUGAAGAUGUCGGUACAACUUAUCAAAUUUUCGAUGAAAUUUUACGAGAAGGAGCACAGCUCAAACGCACGGCGUCGCAGGAGGCGGAGAAGCGGCGCUCGUCACUGGGCCACGUGCCCACCAUCAGGCAUCGGGCGUCGGACGCGUUCCUCGAUCCCCACCAUGCUGCCAUGCUGUUCCGCGACUCCAGGGGGUUACCGGUUGCGGACCCGUUCCUGGAAAAAGUCAGCCUCUCCGAUUUGGAGGAGGAUGAGUCGCAGAUCUUCGUGAAGUUCUUCAAGUUCCACAAGUGCUACGACUUGAUACCAACUUCAGCUAAGUUGGUGGUUUUCGACACUCAGCUGCUCGUCAAGAAAGCGUUCUUCGCGCUCGUCUACAACGGCGUCCGCGCCGCGCCCCUAUGGGACUCGCAGCGGCAGAACUACGUCGGCAUGCUGACCAUAACGGACUUCAUCAAGAUCCUGCAGAUGUACUACACCAGUCCCAAUGUAGCCAUGGAGGAGUUGGAGGAGCACCGCCUUGAGACAUGGCGACAGGUGCUGAAAGGUUCAGUAAUGCCGCUAGUGUCUAUCGGGCCGGACUCGUCGCUGUACGAUGCGAUCCGCAUCCUGAUCACCAACCGCAUCCACCGCCUGCCCGUCAUAGACCCGGAGACCGGGAACGUGCUGUACAUCCUCACGCACAAGAGGAUACUGCGCUUCCUCUUCUUAUAUAUAAAUGAACUGCCAAAGCCGGCGUACCUGCAGUGCAAGCUUCGCGAGCUGCGUAUAGGCACGCUGAACGAUAUCGAGACGGCCACCGAGGAGACGUCCAUCAUCGAGGCGCUGCGCAAGUUCGUCAACCGCCGCGUGUCCGCGCUGCCGCUCGUCGACCCCGAGGGCCGGCUCAAGGACAUCUACGCCAAGUUCGACGUCAUCAACCUGGCGGCAGAGAAGACGUACAACAACCUCGACGUGUCGCUGAAGACCGCCAACGAGCACCGCAACGACUGGUUCGAGGGCGUCCAGAAGUGCACGCUCGACGAGACACUGUUUGACGUUAUGGAACGGAUCGUGCGUGCAGAGGUGCAUCGUCUAGUCGUUGUAGACGAAGACGACAAAGUGAUCGGCAUCAUAUCCCUGUCGGAUUUGCUCAUGUACCUUGUACUGCGGCCGACGGGCGAGUGCGGCGGCGCCAGCCUUCGCAACGAACACGCGUCCAUAGAGGAGAGGGACGAGUCCCAAGCCACCGACACCACCGAGGACGAUGACCCCUCGGAGGCCACCGCCGGCGCGGAAGCUCAGUCUGACACUAAUGACACCAAUGACACUAAUGACACUGUGUCCGAAGAGUGAGCGCAGUGUUGCCACGCUAACAAGUAUGGUUUUGUAAAUUUAUAAACGCCGCGGAGUUGGAUCUCUACUGAGACUUUGAAACUUUUUUGUCAAAUGGUUGAUAUUUACAGUCUAGUUCAUUCAUUAUUCAGAUGAACUUUGUAUAUCUUAGAUAGAGAAAGAAGCUUAUUCAAAUCAAAUCAAACACAACAUCGAAUGAAAUAAAACUUUAAUGGGCCCUGAAAUUAUUUUAGUUUUUAUUAUGCGCUAGUCGCCACAUUUCAUUCAAAUACCCAGUGAAAUCUCACUAGGUUUAUUAUCUAUUUUGGUUUUAAAUAUGGCUUAAUUUUGAACAAGCUUUGGCAAGAAAUCAGUAUGUAGUACCAACUCCACGGCCCUUUUUGUUAUAAUCACCAUCUAGCUCGUAGAAUAGUAUUAGCAGGCAGGAUACUUUCUAUAGUACUACAUUUAAUCAGUAACAACAUAAUAUACUAUUGGUUCUUAAUCAUUCUUUUUAGAAGUUAAAUAUAAAUGGCUCCAAAUAUGUCGAACAUUUAAGCAACAUAUUUAGGGUAAUAGUAUUGAAAUAUCUUAGAAUAGUUAUUAUCAUGUCUGCAUAUAUUGUUGCUCAUACUACAGUACCUAAUCGUGUUCUAUUUCUAUCAAUUUACCUAAGAUAUCUAAUUUACAAGAUCAUCAGGAUAGUGUGACUAGUUUUAAGGUAGCGGGCAACACUGGCGUCGUUGUGAUUCCUCUGCAUGUUCGCAAGUAGUUUGUAAUUUUUUGAAUUUGUAUUUCGGGUCAGUGAAUUGACAUUUAUUCCAUAGACAAACACAGAGAAGAGAAGAGAUGUUAUUGCAUGUGGACUACAUAAAAAUAUAGUUGGUUGCUAAGUGCUAAUUUCACCUUAUGAUUGUGAAUUGUGAUAUGUCAUUAACUAAACUUUUGCUAAUAUUAACAGGGCUAUUAAAUCGUCUUUCGUCUCAUGAAAUCAAUGUCGCAGACCAUCCAAAUCGAAAUGCUACUUGAAACCUAGCAUGUCAUUUUAUACGUCACUUAUGUUAAGCAACCAAUUUUAUAAUGAUUUAAUUUUAUAAAAAUACAAUCCAUCUUAUAACAAUAAUGUUUUAUGAAUAAUAUUUUACCUGUUUUUAUAAUUAUAUUUGUUAUGUAUCCGAAUACUUAACAUCAGAAAUCAGAGACACCUCUCAAGCGUGAAGUUCAUCAUAGACAAGACUCCGCCACACGUACAUUCUCCCCUGUGCUUUUUUAUGGUUUAAACGUCAAAAUAUUGAUCUGAAUUCGACCGUAGCAUAGUGUAGUGUAGCCGCUGGCGCCACGCGUGAGCGAUAGGAGGUUUUCAGGAGACGGUUGUGAUUCGAGAUCGACUUUACUCUUAAAUCGUGAACGCUCGCUUAAUGUCUUACCAUAAAUAGUUUUUAUAACAGUUUUCAAUUCCACUUUUGAUAUAUUUGUCGUACAAUCACGCCUGUUGUAGAACAAGAACGUUAUUCCACAACAGGCAUCAUUAUACGACAUACGUGUAUUCCAUUUUGUGUGUAUAGUUGCGAAUCAGUUGUAUUUUUGUUGUAUAUUUUUUGGUCGUGUUAUUCCCCCGUCGAAAAGCGUAGGUGCCGACUGAUGUACUUAGUUGAUAACUGUAAAUUAGCUACUAGUCGUGUCUGACAAGCGCAUUUUAUCAAGAACCGCCAAAUAAAUAAAUACUAGCUUUAAUUUAUGAUAUACUAAAAUCAUCACAUUAUAUCGUAAUUAUUUAUUUAAUUAUUGAAGAAUACUUACGUCUGACGGGUCAUUGGCGCAUAGAUGCGUGAUUGCAGACACGAUUACUUCAUACAUAUUACCCGUGUUCACAAAAAACAUUGAAAAUCAACACUUUUUGGGAAAGAAGCAUUUAUAGCACUAUUUUUUAUAGUUUAUAAUAAACCAUUUAUUAAGGACCCAUCAUACUUUUUGUUAAAAAUGAUUACUACAAAUUUCGUUCAUAUGCCAGUUUGCUUUUUUUGCAGACCCAAUUCUUGUGAAUACGGGUAAAUAUAACAUCUGAAAGUUAUAACUGCAUUGUAAUAACUAAUUGAUUACUUGGUGUAUGUCGUUUUACACUAAGAUUAAUGUGCGCUGUACUUCGGUCGGCCGACCUUAAUUUUUGAUCAUACCUGUGGUAAUCGUUUUAUUUAGUUAUCGACAGCUCAUUUACUUACAAUCGACGACCCAUCUCUUGAAUAAAAUAAUACGUCGAUUGCUUUUUCAGUCGAAAACUAUACUUAUUGUUUAGAUGAUUGGGUUGAUAAUCAUCUACGAGUUCCGUUUCUUCGUACUUGCGAUUAGCUAAAUUGGAAUAGGUUUCAUAUUCAUAAAGUAUUUGUGUGAAAUAGUUCUUCCAAUUUCUGAUAACUUUUAUGUAUGAUAAUGUGUGCAUGCGAUGUUUUUCAAGUAGUUUGAGGCCCGAUUCCGUUGCGGUUAAAUAUACACUCAAUUAGCGUUCAACGCAUUUAAAAUGUAUGGAAUUGGCCAAUUAGAGACAGUUGCAAAUGAUAUGUAUUGUUAGCGCUGAUUGUAUCAAGUGAUUCGUGCCAAACGUGGGCCUAGUGAUCAAAUUUAAUAUUUAAUCAAUUAAAUGUUCAUUACUUACCAAUUUUAUUAUAAUUAACUAAUAAUAUGAUAGUGGAUAUCGUAAAUUUUCUUCUAUAUACAAUGAUUAAUCGCAGUAUGUAUACAUAAGGGGACGAAAAUAGGGGAGUAUAAUAAUAAUAUUUAAUAUCUUAAUAAAUGUAUGCUAUCAACAUAAUAAUAAGAUCUGGCGUUCUUGCCAGCACAAUUUAUGUAUAUUAAUGUAUUUCUGUGUCCAUUUAAAUAGAGUUAGAAUUCGAGUAGUCAUUUAUCUAUGUACCUUACAUUACUUUUAUAUGAAUAUUUAAAUUUAAAUGCAAGUGAUUUAGUACUAGCACGUAUCAUACCUAAAUUUUUUGUCUAUACGGUGUCUGUACACUUGGCUGUGCGAGAUUUAAAAAGUCAAAUCUUUUUCUAUUUUCGAGUCAAGAACGUAAUGUGAAGUGUCAUCAAUCGUGUGCAGACACACCUAAGGCGAAUGUGUUUGGUAAUAAUAAAAUUCUUAAACGUAUUGUCAAUAUAAUACGGCCUAAUUUCAACAAUCAAUUAUGAUCACACUUAAUGCAUAAUUGUCUACUAUUUGUAAACGUUGAAAAAUCACAAGUUCACAACUAUGAUGGUGGGCGCGAGAAGACCGAUUGGUCGUGACGAGUAUGUAUAGCUAGCACGGUUUAUGAUAGUACUGACUUAUAAUGCAUUUUAGAAAAUAUUGAAAAAUAAUAAUAAAUUCAACAUCAUAAUAAUGUUGAAUUAUUGUUGCCAAAAUUGUUUCCACUUUUGCUCUACUCUAAUCAAACAUACCGACCUCUGGUAUACUUUGUGUAAAAUAAGUGUAUGUGACAUUGUUUGUUACGGGUAAAAUUAUUAUGUUCAUACACAUGACUAAUAUUGCUUUGAAGGAAUGGUAUUGGGAAGAUAGUGGCUCGCCUAGAUAAUAAUGAGGCGUUUGCUUGCCUAACUCGUUAACCUACUAGUGCUUCUAUGAGUGGGGAUUCGUGGGCAAUGUCUAUUUUUAACCCUUCACUCGCCGGCAAAUGUCGGGAAGCCACUACGCUACGACAAGUGCUGGCCGUACCAACGCUCGAACGUCGCGCCCAGGCGAUCAGGGGGGUUACUCCGAAAAACGUUAUCCGAAGUUUCGAAUAUUGCCAUCCCUCUCACGCAAAGCGAGAUGCCAGCAUGAGCGACGGUGACAGAUAGACCCGGAACUACGUAAACAGUGUUUCGGAGUAGCCCUCCAGUUGCUCACGCGUUCCGCAAGUAUUAUAAAUUGUGUUAUUAAUUUAUGAGUAGCGUAACGAUUUAAUUGUUAUACAUUUUGUAUUUAUAAAUCAAUAACCUAGCGAUUAUAAGCUUAGAUGACAUCUAAAUCUUUGCAUCACAGUCAUUUUUGUAUAUAAACAUCCAGUAAUGUUAUAUGUAUACAGGAGAUUUCGUAAAGUAAAUGUGUUCAAUGUUGUUGAAAGAAAAAAUAUAAAAACGCACACACGACAUUAUAAAGUCUUGAAUAUAAACAUUUGGUUCCAUCUAA